AACUCUCUCGCUGGGGUCCGGGAGCGCUACCUGAGUGCCUACUUCCUCUCUCCUUUCUGUCUAUUUCAGCCGGGCGAAGCAGCGGGACUCCCCGCGAGCCGAGGCGUGUGCCAGGGGCCCCUCGCGUGCCCUAGCCGUUGCCCGGGGUAGGAGCUGGCGAAGGCCGGCGAGCCCUCCCCACCCCGCCCCGCCACGCCGGGGGAGCUGGUGCUGUUCUCCUGCCUGCGCCAGCGGGGGAUCCGCCCGCCACCCGCCAGCCUGGACCGCCAACGCCACGCCUCCGCGGGCAGCUGCGGUCAUCGGGAGGCCAGCCUGAUGGCGGAACCGCGCUUUAACAACCCCUAUUUCUGGCCACCCCCUCCCACUAUGCCCAGCCAGCUGGACAAUCUGGUUCUGAUCAACAAAAUCAAGGAGCAGCUGAUGGCGGAGAAGAUCCGCCCGCCCCACCUGCCCCCAGCCGCGGUCUCUUCCCAGCAGAACCCCCUCCUGGUGGCCCCCUCGCCCGCUGAGAGCAGCCAGCCCAUCAUGUCCAUCCCCAAGUUGCAGCAAGUCCCCGGGCUGCACCCCCAGGCUGUCCCCCAGCCCGACGUGGCCCUCCACGCCCGGCCCGCCACAAGCACCGUUACAGGCUUGGGCUUGGGGUCGCGAGCGCCGGUGGUCAGCACCUCGGAGUCGAGUGCCGGGACGGGCACCAGCACCCCUUCGACGCCCACCUCCUCGGGGCAGAGCCGCCUCAUUGCCUCGUCUCCCACCCUCAUCUCAGGGAUCGCCAGCCCCCCGCUCCUGGAGUCCAUCAAGACCAUCCAGGGCCACAGCCUGCUGGGGGGCGCCCCCAAGGCCGAGCGGGGCCGCAAGAAGAUCAAGGCCGAAAACCCUUCCGGGCCGCCGGUGCUGGUGGUGCCCUACCCGCUACUGGCCUCGGGCGACAUCGGCAAGGAGGGCAAGACCUACAGGUGUAAAGUCUGCCCGCUGACCUUCUUCACCAAGUCCGAAAUGCAGAUCCACUCCAAGUCGCACACGGAGGCCAAGCCCCACAAGUGCCCGCAUUGCUCCAAGUCCUUCGCCAACGCCUCCUACCUGGCGCAGCACCUGCGCAUCCACCUGGGCGUCAAGCCCUACCACUGCUCCUACUGCGAGAAGUCCUUCCGCCAACUCUCCCACCUCCAGCAACACACCAGAAUCCACACCGGGGACCGACCCUAUAAGUGCCCUCAUGCCGGCUGUGAAAAGGCCUUCACUCAGCUCUCCAACCUCCAAUCUCAUCAACGGCAGCACAACAAAGACAAGCCGUACAAAUGUCCCAACUGUUACCGGGCGUACACGGACUCGGCCUCGCUCCAGAUCCACCUCUCGGCACACGCCAUCAAGCACGCCAAGGCCUACUGCUGCAGCAUGUGCGGCCGAGCCUACACUUCAGAGACCUACUUGAUGAAGCACAUGUCCAAACACACGGUGGUGGAGCAUCUAGUCAGCCAACACUCUCCUCAAAGGACGGAGUCGCCCGGCAUCCCUGUGCGGAUCUCUCUUAUCUGAGUCUCGGGGCGCCCACUCUCCCUUCGAGCAGCGGACCCCCUCUCCAAUUCCAGAUCCGGAAAAGGGGGGCGGGCACGGGACAACUUGGCAUAGGACCCCCCCUCCCGGGACACAGUCUCCGCCUCCCUCCUCACAGCCAGGACAAAAGUGCGGCAUCCCGCCGCCGCCGCCGUCUCGUGGGCGAACGAAUGCCGGCGGGGAGGUUUCUUCAUGCGUCGGUUUUGGUGCCAGCCAAAGACGAUUCCAGAGCACUUUGAAGCCCACCGCGACCUCUUCCCUCCCCACUACGAUCCCCUUUUUGGUUUCGGAUCUUCCUCCUCCGUUUCUCUCAUCUGCCUUGUUUUUAUUUUUGU